UUUUUACUUCUCAUAUUGUGCGCAUGGUGUACCUAAAAUUUGGAGGACUGGAAAGAAAUUUCUUGAAAUUUAUAUAAAAAAAAACAUAUUUAAUUACAAAUAUAAUUGAUAAUAAUUAAAAAAAUCAAAUUAAAAAAUAUUACGAGCUACUUUUUCAAUAAAUUUUGAAAUCGCGAAAUUUAUAAUUUCAUCAAGAUGGAAAUGCAUUCAUAUGCAAAAACAAGAACUAAUAAAAAAUGGUCCUUAGAACAUAAAAGAAAAUUAGUGGAUAAUCGAAUAACAUUGGAUGUAUUAUUCAACAAAAAAGCUUUCAAUUUAGCGGAUUCCUGGAGAAAGCUAACGAAAGUAUCUGAUAUGGAAUCAUUUGAUGUAUUAUUUGUUAGAAAACAAUGGACAAAUAUUUUAACAAAAUAUAAAAACCUAGUUCAAAGACAUGCAAUCAAUAAUUAUAUUGAUAAUGAAACUUUAGAUUUACUAACAGCUGAAUGGGAAUUUUUUGAUAAAAUUCAUCGUUGGAUUAAAGUUAAAGAAAAAAUUCAAAAAGAUUAUAAAAGUAUUAUACUUGAAGAAAUUGAAAAUGAAACAUUAAAUCAAUCAAUAACUGGAGGAGAAAUUAUCACCACCAAUAAUCAUUCACGUUAUGUAUCACAAAAUCAACAACAAUUAUCAAAUUCAAGGGAUUCUUCUGAAAAUGAUGAACCAAUGGUAACAUUAAAUGUUGCUGUACCAUCAUCAUCAUCAUCUAUAUCAAAUGUUAAUUCAAGUAAUGAUUUAAUAACAUCUAAUAAAAAAAAUUUAAAUAUAAAUGAUGAGCAACUUAACAAAAAUAUAAUAAAAUCACCACAACAAUUAUUAAUUGAUGUUGAUGAUCUACAAUUACAACAGCAACAACAACCAGUUAUUAAAUCGACAAGAGUAUCAAUAUUAGAACCCGGUCCUUCUACAUUAACAUCACCACCAACAUCAUCAUCAAUUAAAACCAAAGAAAAAUCUCAAAAAAGAAAACCAUCUUUAUCAGAUAUAUCAAGUAGAAUAAAUUUAAUAAAUAAAAAUAAAAGAAAAUAUCGUAAACUUAAAAAAAAAUUAAAACGUUUAAAACGUAAUUAUUCUAGUCAUAAAUUAUCAGCAAAUCGUUUAUCUAAAAAAUUGAAUGUAUUUUGUGAAAUAUUUGCCAAAGUUAUUAAACAAGAAUAUCCCAAUAUUAAUGUUUCAAAUUUAAUUGAUAACGAAGAAUAUGAUUCUAGUAGUUAUGAUAGCAGUGAUACUGAUUAACAUCAGAAUAAUUGAAAAGUUUACCUAAAAAAAAAAUCAAACGAAAGAAUCUAGUAAAAUAUCUAAAUUAUGUUUUUAGUUAUUUGGAACAUACGUUUAGUACGUUUUAAUAUUCAAAAAUAUUAAAUGCAUCUGAGUUCAAAACAUUUUUAAUUAAUUUUAAUGUCAAAUUAUUAUUACUAUAUAUUAAAAUGUAUUAAUUUGUUAAUAUGUUCAUAUUAUAUGUAUUUGU